AUGAAAAAGUUGUUCAACAAGUCAGUGGGCAAGCAACAAGACAGCUAUGGGGGCAACGAACCCAAGAACCCCAAAAGGGCUGGUUCUAUGCCCUUGCAGCGCUGGUUGCCCACAAGAAUUGAUUCACUCCCGAUUGAGGCCUCACUAACCAAGGAAGCAGCAUGGAGUUGUUCUCUCCCCAGCACCCAAAGGGGUCCACUUUGCCCAUGCGCGAACGAGCAGUGCCAGGCCUUCGUGGCAAGACUUCAGCAUCAAGUGCAAAAUCUGACGGAAGAGAAGUCCCAGCUGGAAUCGUUGAUAUUCAUGCAGCAGCAGACUCUCCACCGAAUCGAUAGGGAUGGACGCAACUCAGAGGAAGGGGCAAAACGCGAGCUAGAGCUACAACAGAGGCUCGCAAUGGUGCUUGCCCUACUGCUUAUUCAUCAGGUCUCCAUGGAGGACAAGCUCAAGAGCUCAUCAGAUGCAAUCCAAAGUCUCAACGAACAUAUUGAGGAGGCCGAUGAGCUUAUUAAGGCUAAGGCGAAUGUCCAGGAGCUCCAGGGACUUGUGGAGGAACUACAACAACGGUUGCAAAGCACGCAACAAGUUGGAGACGCGAAAAAGCUAGCAUCCGUUUUAAAACAAAAUGUGAGUGUCUUCACAGAAAGUCAGUCUGAAUUAGUGGGUGAGCUGGCGGAGAAGGAUGAGACUUUGACGAGCUUGAAGCGCCAGCUGACGGAGACGCAAGAGCAUUUGGAAGAGUCUGUGAAGGUGAAGGAUGCGGAGUUAGAGAACUUGCGGAAGAGUCUGCGGGAGCUUCAAGAAAAGGCAGAGAAGGCGGAGCCGCUGCUUCGGCUUGGUUCUCCUGACAAGCUGCAGUCGUUGGUCGUGAGGAACACUAGAACGCUGGAAAUGCGAGUGAUGGAAGCGUUGUUUCAGCAGAUGCUGUACUUGAAACUGCACGAUGGGCAGCUACCUGAAACGCAUGAGGGCGGUUGGUCUGAAUUAGUGGGUGAGCUGGCGGAGAAGGAUGAGACUUUGACGAGCUUGAAGCGCCAGCUGACGGAGACGCAAGAGCAUUUGGAAGAGUCUGUGAAGGUGAAAGAUGCGGAGUUAGAGAACUUGCGGAAGAGUCUGCGGGAGCUUCAAGAAAAGGCAGAGAAGGCGGAGCCGCUGCUUCGGCUUGGUUCUCCUGACAAGCUGCAGUCGUUGGUCGUGAGGAACACUAGAACGCUGGAAAUGCGAGUGAUGGAAGCGUUGUUUCAGCAGAUGCUAUACUUGAAACUGCACGAUGGGCAGCUACCUGAAACGCAUGAGGGCGGUUGGUCUGAAUUAGUGGGUGAGCUGGCGGAGAAGGAUGAGACUUUGACGAGCUUGAAGCGCCAGCUGACGGAGACGCAAGAGCAUUUGGAAGAGUCUGUGAAGGUGAAGGAUGCGGAGUUAGAGAACUUGCGGAAGAGUCUGCGGGAGCUUCAAGAAAAGGCAGAGAAGGCGGAGCCGCUGCUUCGGCUUGGUUCUCCUGACAAGCUGCAGUCGUUGGUCGUGAGGAACACUAGAACGCUGGAAAUGCGAGUGAUGGAAGCGUUGUUUCAGCAGAUGCUAUACUUGAAACUGCACGAUGGGCAGCUACCUGAAACGCAUGAGGGCGGUUGGUCUGAAUUAGUGGGUGAGCUGGCGGAGAAGGAUGAGACUUUGACGAGCUUGAAGCGCCAGCUGACGGAGACGCAAGAGCAUUUGGAAGAGUCUGUGAAGGUGAAAGAUGCGGAGUUAGAGAACUUGCGGAAGAGUCUGCGGGAGCUUCAAGAAAAGGCAGAGAAGGCGGAGCCGCUGCUUCGGCUUGGUUCUCCUGACAAGCUGCAGUCGUUGGUCGUGAGGAACACUAGAACGCUGGAAAUGCGAGUGAUGGAAGCGUUGUUUCAGCAGAUGCUAUACUUGAAACUGCACGAUGGGCAGCUACCUGAAACGCAUGAGGGCGGUUGGUCUGAAUUAGUGGGUGAGCUGGCGGAGAAGGAUGAGACUUUGACGAGCUUGAAGCGCCAGCUGACGGAGACGCAAGAGCAUUUGGAAGAGUCUGUGAAGGUGAAAGAUGCGGAGUUAGAGAACUUGCGGAAGAGUCUGCGGGAGCUUCAAGAAAAGGCAGAGAAGGCGGAGCCGCUGCUUCGGCUUGGUUCUCCUGACAAGCUGCAGUCGUUGGUCGUGAGGAACACUAGAACGCUGGAAAUGCGAGUGAUGGAAGCGUUGUUUCAGCAGAUGCUGUACUUGAAACUGCACGAUGGGCAGCUACCUGAAACGCAUGAGGGCGGUUGGUCUGAAUUAGUGGGUGAGCUGGCGGAGAAGGAUGAGACUUUGACGAGCUUGAAGCGCCAGCUGACGGAGACGCAAGAGCAUUUGGAAGAGUCUGUGAAGGUGAAGGAUGCGGAGUUAGAGAACUUGCGGAAGAGUCUGCGGGAGCUUCAAGAAAAGGCAGAGAAGGCGGAGCCGCUGCUUCGGCUUGGUUCUCCUGACAAGCUGCAGUCGUUGGUCGUGAGGAACACUAGAACGCUGGAAAUGCGAGUGAUGGAAGCGUUGUUUCAGCAGAUGCUGUACUUGAAACUGCACGAUGGGCAGCUACCUGAAACGCAUGAGGGCGGUUGGUCUGAAUUAGUGGGUGAGCUGGCGGAGAAGGAUGAGACUUUGACGAGCUUGAAGCGCCAGCUGACGGAGACGCAAGAGCAUUUGGAAGAGUCUGUGAAGGUGAAGGAUGCGGAGUUAGAGAACUUGCGGAAGAGUCUGCGGGAGCUUCAAGAAAAGGCAGAGAAGGCGGAGCCGCUGCUUCGGCUUGGUUCUCCUGACAAGCUGCAGUCGUUGGUCGUGAGGAACACUAGAACGCUGGAAAUGCGAGUGAUGGAAGCGUUGUUUCAGCAGAUGCUGUACUUGAAACUGCACGAUGGGCAGCUACCUGAAACGCAUGAGGGCGGUUGGUCUGAAUUAGUGGGUGAGCUGGCGGAGAAGGAUGAGACUUUGACGAGCUUGAAGCGCCAGCUGACGGAGACGCAAGAGCAUUUGGAAGAGUCUGUGAAGGUGAAAGAUGCGGAGUUAGAGAACUUGCGGAAGAGUCUGCGGGAGCUUCAAGAAAAGGCAGAGAAGGCGGAGCCGCUGCUUCGGCUUGGUUCUCCUGACAAGCUGCAGUCGUUGGUCGUGAGGAACACUAGAACGCUGGAAAUGCGAGUGAUGGAAGCGUUGUUUCAGCAGAUGCUGUACUUGAAACUGCACGAUGGGCAGCUACCUGAAACGCAUGAGGGCGGUUGGUCUGAAUUAGUGGGUGAGCUGGCGGAGAAGGAUGAGACUUUGACGAGCUUGAAGCGCCAGCUGACGGAGACGCAAGAGCAUUUGGAAGAGUCUGUGAAGGUGAAGGAUGCGGAGUUAGAGAACUUGCGGAAGAGUCUGCGGGAGCUUCAAGAAAAGGCAGAGAAGGCGGAGCCGCUGCUUCGGCUUGGUUCUCCUGACAAGCUGCAGUCGUUGGUCGUGAGGAACACUAGAACGCUGGAAAUGCGAGUGAUGGAAGCGUUGUUUCAGCAGAUGCUAUACUUGAAACUGCACGAUGGGCAGCUACCUGAAACGCAUGAGGGCGGUUGGUCUGAAUUAGUGGGUGAGCUGGCGGAGAAGGAUGAGACUUUGACGAGCUUGAAGCGCCAGCUGACGGAGACGCAAGAGCAUUUGGAAGAGUCUGUGAAGGUGAAGGAUGCGGAGUUAGAGAACUUGCGGAAGAGUCUGCGGGAGCUUCAAGAAAAGGCAGAGAAGGCGGAGCCGCUGCUUCGGCUUGGUUCUCCUGACAAGCUGCAGUCGUUGGUCGUGAGGAACACUAGAACGCUGGAAAUGCGAGUGAUGGAAGCGUUGUUUCAGCAGAUGCUAUACUUGAAACUGCACGAUGGGCAGCUACCUGAAACGCAUGAGGGCGGUUGGUCUGAAUUAGUGGGUGAGCUGGCGGAGAAGGAUGAGACUUUGACGAGCUUGAAGCGCCAGCUGACGGAGACGCAAGAGCAUUUGGAAGAGUCUGUGAAGGUGAAGGAUGCGGAGUUAGAGAACUUGCGGAAGAGUCUGCGGGAGCUUCAAGAAAAGGCAGAGAAGGCGGAGCCGCUGCUUCGGCUUGGUUCUCCUGACAAGCUGCAGUCGUUGGUCGUGAGGAACACUAGAACGCUGGAAAUGCGAGUGAUGGAAGCGUUGUUUCAGCAGAUGCUAUACUUGAAACUGCACGAUGGGCAGCUACCUGAAACGCAUGAGGGCGGUUGGUCUGAAUUAGUGGGUGAGCUGGCGGAGAAGGAUGAGACUUUGACGAGCUUGAAGCGCCAGCUGACGGAGACGCAAGAGCAUUUGGAAGAGUCUGUGAAGGUGAAGGAUGCGGAGUUAGAGAACUUGCGGAAGAGUCUGCGGGAGCUUCAAGAAAAGGCAGAGAAGGCGGAGCCGCUGCUUCGGCUUGGUUCUCCUGACAAGCUGCAGUCGUUGGUCGUGAGGAACACUAGAACGCUGGAAAUGCGAGUGAUGGAAGCGUUGUUUCAGCAGAUGCUGUACUUGAAACUGCACGAUGGGCAGCUACCUGAAACGCAUGAGGGCGGUUGGUCUGAAUUAGUGGGUGAGCUGGCGGAGAAGGAUGAGACUUUGACGAGCUUGAAGCGCCAGCUGACGGAGACGCAAGAGCAUUUGGAAGAGUCUGUGAAGGUGAAGGAUGCGGAGUUAGAGAACUUGCGGAAGAGUCUGCGGGAGCUUCAAGAAAAGGCAGAGAAGGCGGAGCCGCUGCUUCGGCUUGGUUCUCCUGACAAGCUGCAGUCGUUGGUCGUGAGGAACACUAGAACGCUGGAAAUGCGAGUGAUGGAAGCGUUGUUUCAGCAGAUGCUGUACUUGAAACUGCACGAUGGGCAGCUACCUGAAACGCAUGAGGGCGGUUGGUCUGAAUUAGUGGGUGAGCUGGCGGAGAAGGAUGAGACUUUGACGAGCUUGAAGCGCCAGCUGACGGAGACGCAAGAGCAUUUGGAAGAGUCUGUGAAGGUGAAGGAUGCGGAGUUAGAGAACUUGCGGAAGAGUCUGCGGGAGCUUCAAGAAAAGGCAGAGAAGGCGGAGCCGCUGCUUCGGCUUGGUUCUCCUGACAAGCUGCAGUCGUUGGUCGUGAGGAACACUAGAACGCUGGAAAUGCGAGUGAUGGAAGCGUUGUUUCAGCAGAUGCUGUACUUGAAACUGCACGAUGGGCAGCUACCUGAAACGCAUGAGGGCGGUUGGUCUGAAUUAGUGGGUGAGCUGGCGGAGAAGGAUGAGACUUUGACGAGCUUGAAGCGCCAGCUGACGGAGACGCAAGAGCAUUUGGAAGAGUCUGUGAAGGUGAAGGAUGCGGAGUUAGAGAACUUGCGGAAGAGUCUGCGGGAGCUUCAAGAAAAGGCAGAGAAGGCGGAGCCGCUGCUUCGGCUUGGUUCUCCUGACAAGCUGCAGUCGUUGGUCGUGAGGAACACGGCCUGCGAGUCUGACCUAAAUUUGAUAGAAAAGAGAAUUUCUGCUGAUGCUUCCGAAGUACAGAAGCCCGUAGCGAGCAGUGAUGCGUUGAUUAUGGGGAUCAAUGUUUCAAAGGAGAGCACCAAAGGACAAGAACGCAUUGUACGGUCCCAAGACGGAACAGUGGAGGUGCCUGGACAGAGCGCGAAGCUUGUCAGAAAGCUCCAGGAAAUGCAACGAGCGCUUCAGCAACAGCUUCAGCAACUCCAAUGUGAGCACGAAAAGUUAAACAGAGAGAAUCAGGUGCUCAAGCAAGCAUUGAUGAGCAAAGCCCAGGAAUCUGUUGAUAAGGAAGAAACAGCUUUUAGAGAGCAAGUGGACUACGCUGAGCUUAAAAGGGGAUUGGAAGCGGCAGCCCGUAACGCCCGUGAUUCCCAAUACCUUGCACUAAUGGAAAGGGAAAGGCGCAUUGCGCAAGUAACACGGCUAAAAAUUCAACUCGAGAAGGCUCAGAGGAAGCUUAAAGGCCACCCGGUCCCAUUAGACACGAAACAGUACGCAUCAGACACUUAA